AUGGAAGUUGCCUUUUACAAUCUGCUGGACGAGGGGACUGUCUCCUCUUGUCUCCUUUUCCUUGAGCUCUGCAACCUAGACGCCACGAUGCUGCGUGUAGACGCCCAGUCAGCUCGGAGGAUCUACGAACACCAGCAGCAGCAGCAGCAGCAAGGUUUCGCUGCGGAAGGGACAAGCAACAAAGCAACAGAAGGACCCAUCGACGACGCUGCUGCUGCUUCAGUGAUAAAACUGUUCCGCUCCUUCCCCCGUUCCUCGCCCGCCAAGCCCACGAGUAGCAGCAGCAACAGCAGCAGCAGCAGCAGCAGCAACAACAAGAGUAGCCGGGGCAUAUCUUCCCCACACCUGCUGUCAGCACUUCGUCUGCUAGAAGAGGCGACUUGGGCCUUAAGCGCUCCGCCGCAAGCAGCAGCAGAGGGAAAUGCAGCUGCUGCUCCUGCUGCUGCUGCUGCAGUAAAGAGACAGGCCACGAACCCAUGGCACUUGGUUGCUCACUUCUGCAGGGUCCACGAACUUCCUCAUUCGUUGACGCUACUGCACGAGCUGGCGCGGAAAGGAGACUGGCUGUCUGUCAUGCAUGAGGCUGAGCUCCAGCGCUGCCCCAAAGACACCCUCAAGGGGGUUAUUGACGGCUACUUCACAAACCCUUGUCUACGGGGCCACUUAAAGCGAGCAAUUGGCUGCAGCAGCAGUUCAGGUGUAUCUGCAACAGGAGGGGACUCAACCUGGCGCGACUCAGAUGAUCCCCUUUGUCUCCUCAUAGCUCAGCAGCAACAGCAACAGCAGCAACAGCAACAAGAACAGCUGGGUGCGCUGCUCCGUCGAGCAGGACUGCAGCGAGUGCAGCAUCACGGGAGUGCUGCGCAGUCUCAGCAGCAACAUCAGCAGCAACAAGAAUCACUUCCUCGUUUGCUGCAGCUGGUGCAAUCUGGUGGCACUGCUGCUGCAGCAGCAACGGGCGCUGCAGCACGUGAAGAGUGUCUCCUUCUUUCAGCAGCAGCGGAGACACUUUGUGGACUCAUUCUAACUCUAGCAGAAGCAGGAAGUUUCGUUUUGCUGCUGCGCGGCUUCGCUCUCUUCGACCCCAAAAACCCGCUGAUGCAUUUGCUGCUCUUCUUCAGGGCCUUUUCCCAGAGGAGAUUUAACACAGCUGCAGCGGCGCUUCGGCGAUUUGUCUCUUUCCGUAGCAGCAAGCAUCAGGCAGCAACUCCUGCAGCAACUGCUGCAGCAGGUGCUGCACCAGCUGCUGCAGGAACAGAGACAGCCCCAGCAGCAGCAGGAGAUGGAGCAUCAGAUGGAAUCACCUUGCAAGCAGCAGACAUUCGUCAAGUCAGCAGCGAACUGCUUCGCAUGCUGCUUCUGUCUCAGGGUCCUCAUAUGCACCCCUUGCUGCAGCUGCUGCAUGACGUUGGCUACUCUCGUGGCUUCUGUCUCCUUUAUCACGCGGCUGUCUUCUGCAGUGGUGACAGUCUCGUGCUGCAGCAGCAGCUGCAGCGUCUACUGCAGCAGCAGCUGCAGCAGACGGUCGACGUACCGCUGCAGGAGACCCGCAGCGACCUGUUGCUGGCGCUGCUGCAACGGCGCAAGUAUGCAGAGGCCCGGCAAUGGGCGAAACUGGCAGGGUUGGGUUCUAGCUGCGUGCAGCUGGUGACAGUGCACGAAGCGGCUGAGUGCCUGGAGUUGCUGCGCAGGAGCAGCAGAAGUUUCAGAGGUUGUGUGGAGGAGCGACUGGGUGUGUGGGCCCGCUGCUGCAGUGUGUUUGCUGCGCACAAGUACCCCCAAGUUCUCGCCGCAGUCUUCUUGCUGACUGUCUCCGCACAGAUGGAAGGGGACAUCUCCCUCACUGAACAGGCCUUCGUACUCGCUGCUGCCCUCAGCCUCUUCGGCCCCCCGCACGCUCUCCCCCCGUUAAUGCCCACGCGAGAGGCUUUGCUGCAGCACCUCGUACUCUGUGCACAGGGCAGCUGCUCGAAAUGCAGCAGCAGCAGCAGCGACAGCCACAGCAGCAGCAGCAGCGGCACUGGCGGCCUUACUCUGGUCGAUUGCCUGCCCCUGCAACCGGAGGAGAUGCGUUCCGUGUUUUGGAUAAGGCAAGCAGAUGCUGCUGCUGAUGCUGCAGCAGAAGAAGAGGGAUUCUUCUGCUGCACCUCACCAGAAGCAGCUUCCAAGACAACGGAGCCCUCCGGAGGUAGCAGUAGCAGCAGCUGCAGCAGCAGCAGUUGCAGCAGCAACUGCUGCUGUCAAGGUUGCUGCAGAUGCAUGGUCUCCUCACAGUUGCUUGCGCAGCUGCAGGGACGCUUGUUGCUGCUGCUGGCGUCUCAGUCUACGGCAGCGGCAGCAGCAGCUGCGCUGACACCGGAGCUAACAGGCAGCCUGUUGGGGUCGCACCAGGCAGCUGUUGCGACCCCACAGCUGCUGCUGCAUGGAGCAGCUACCCCAAUCAAGGCUAGCUGCAGCAGCAACAACGUGCAGCAGCUGCUGGAGCAACUGCAGCAGCUGGUAGAGCCUGACGCGCCUGCGCUGCCACUCCAUUACUUAGGACUUCCGCAGUGGCCUCCUCCGCCUGACACCGAACUGGACGACAAGGACAUCCAACAGCAGUGGCAACAGCAGCAGCAGCAGCAGCAGCAGAGGUGUGGGUUUGAUGGAAGCGACGGGGUGUCUGCAGAUACACCACAGGGGAAGACGCCCCUGACGCACUCGCCUUCUGCUGCUGCUGCCGCUGCUCCUGCGAGUUCGAGCACGAGGGUUGCCCAGGAGGAGCAGCACCGGAAGCAGCUGCUGCUGCUGCAGGACCUUUCACAGGAAGUACAGCUGGCGGAGCUGCUGCUUCGGGUGGUAGCAUUGCCUAUCCCUCUGAGGGCUCAGCAGCAGCAGCUGGUGCUGCUGCAGACCUUGUCUGCUGCUGCUGCUGCUGCAUGCGCAGCUAUCAGGCCAGGAGUCGGCCCGCUGCCGCCGCUCCAAAAGGACCUGCUGCAAAUGCUGCAGGAGCACGUGGGGUCUCCCGCACCUCAGGAGACGCUGCAGCAACGGCAGCAACCGCAGGAGGAAGGGGCUGAGCAACAGCACGACAAAGAGAGUGAGCAGCAGCACCUUCUCUCCGUUCAGAUGCACCGGCAGCAACUGCAGCUACUGUCUCAGCUCGUCCAGCGAUGCAAGCCCGGGCUGCAUGCGUUUUGCGUGGAGUUGCUGAUCCUCUUUGCCGUUAGUCUGCAGCAACACGCACAAGUUGAGAACGUGUAUCACACGAGCCAGCAGCAAGAGCAGCAGCAGCAGCAACAGCAGCAGCAGCAGCAGAUAACUUGGUUUGAAUGGCCAUUGCUGCUCCUGAAGGAUUUCCUAAAGAUAUGCGAGACUCCAGGUCUUGUAGGAGAGCAGGCGCUGCAGCUACUGCUGCAGCAGGAACAGCAAGAAAUGCAACAACUGGGGCAGCAGCAGCAGCAGCCGCAGGUGAAUCUUGGCGUCGCUGGUACAGCACCUCCAGCUCCUCCACUGCUGCUGCACGAGCAGCAGGUGGAGUUGUCGUUGCUGGCUUAUUAUGAUUUGGAGCGUGCAUGCAACGCUUCGGGGCUGGUUCAGCUGCUGCAGCUGCUGCAAAGGCGACUUGAGGUGUACAUGCAGCAGGGCAAACCUUACUUGCUGCUGCGCGUUCUGACCAGCAUCUCUCCGUGUCCAGAGUUCAAGCCGGCAAUCCAAAUGCUAGUCGACGGAGGUUACCUGAUGCAGCUGCUGGCGGCAUGCCGCAAGGGCAUGAAGCAGCAACAAGAACAGCUGCAGCAGCAGCAACUGCAGCAGCAGCAACUACUAGAGGCCGUUACUAUACCCGAAGUCCAGGUGUGCGAGUCGCUUGCCCUUGCUAUAUGUGACUUGCUGCACUCCCAGUACGACCAGCAGCUGCAGCAGCUGCUGGAGCCGGACGCAAACCCGCAGCAGCAGCAGCAGCAGCAGCAGGAAAGAACUUUGAAAAUCACUCUGGACAAGUUGGUGUUGGCCAAUUUGGAAUUGGGUUUCAAGAAGGAGACCGGGCUGCUGCUGCAGCAGGAGGCCUUUCGAUGCUUGGCUAUGGGGUCAGAUGUGUUGGAGAUGUACAGCGAGAGUGGCAUAGAUAGGUUGUCUAUGGGACUUCAGGCGGCUGUCGUGGCAUUGCAGCUGCGAGCGGUGGAGCUGCAGCUCUCCCGCGAGUGUCUGCAGCGGCAGCAGCAGCAGCAGCAGCAAAAUGGCCGACAUUUAGUCUCGCAGUUGCUGCAACACUGCAGCAAGGCCCUUGAAAAUUCGCUGCACCCGUUCAAGGAUGCGGAGAUGUCUCUCAAGGAUGGAACAGACCUCCCGGCGCUGCUGUCAAGUGUCGCCUCGACUGCAGCGCCAGAAACAGCAGCAGCCAGUACCGUUGGCUCUCCGCUGCACCUGCAGCCAGGGGAAGGCGAUGCUGCGUCAGAAGCAGACGCAGACGCAGAGCAGCAGCAGCGGAGCAGCACCAGCACCAGCAAUAACGGCUUCAGCUGCUGCAGCAGAAGCUGUAAGGGAAUCUGA